UUGCUGGGCCGUGCGGGUGACAUUGGGCACGGACAUGGUGGUGGCGGCGCUGGGCCGGGCGGCGGCGGCGCGGCUGCUGCGGGCCGGGGUGGCCGCGCCGGGGCGGCGGCGCGCGGGCGGCGGCGGGGUGCACAUCGCGCCGCGGUACCGGCAGGUCCCGGAGCUGACGCGGGCGCAGGUGAUCCGGAGCGAGCUCCUCAGCGGCCUCAUGUGGUUCUGGAUACUCUGGCACUUCUGGCACAGCUCGGACAUGGUGCUGGGACACUUCCCGUAUCCCGACGCUUCGGCCUGGACGGACGAGGAGCUCGGGAUUCCUCCGGACGACGAGGAAUAGGCGCGUCCAGCCGCGGGGGCCGGCAGCACACGGGUACGGCUCCCGCCGCCCCCCCUGCACGGCCCGGGCUGGGCUUUGCCUUCGGAGCUGCGGUGCAGCCCCGGGGCACCGUGCCCGGCUCUGCCUCCUGCUGGCACCGCCAGAGGUGCCCUGCUUUCAGCGAGUAUUCGAGCACUGGUGUAAGAAUACUGCUGGAAGUGUUUGCCCGAGGUGUAAACGUGCCCAGUUUCUGUGGUACAGGGCGCAGGUGUUUGCACUGUUCAUCGCUGCCUUGUCUCAGGCGCCCGAGUGCUCGAGACCUGCAGUGUAACAACUUGGUUUUUUAUGAGUUGUACCUUAGCUGGUACCAGUUCAAAAUUAUUUUCUUUAAGCUGUUCUGUAGACCCAGCAUUACCUAACCUUGAGGGCAUGCUCUUUGUGUUUAUAGGGAGAUCUGUCCAGAUGUCCCCUUAAAGAUUUGAGGCUUUUGCUUGUUUCCAGUUCUUUAAUUACCCUGUCUUUUAAGCUGUUGUGUCACGUAUUACAGCUCUAAAACCAACAGCUUCAACUACUGCCAAAGGCAGCAUGGGCACUGUUGAGGGGGUCCUUCUGCUCUUCGUGGUGGGAAAAGGAUGGGUGAAAAGGUUCUCAGGAUUCUCUUCUGUUACUUUCAGGUCCCUGGAACUAAUGAGGCUCUUGGAACCAAAGUUUUGGCUCCUGGGUCCUUAUUUCAAUAAAACUGUAAACAAAGUCUCA